AUGUCCAUGAUCUUCUUUGCCUGUGUGGUGAGGGUGAGGGAUGGGCUUCCCCUCUCAGCCUCCACAGAUUUCCAUCUCAACCAGGACUUUCUGGAGUGCAGGAAGAGGUUGAAGGUGUUAUCCUCGAUCCUGGCGCGCUAUCCCAGUCGGGGCACGGCCAGAGGACGUAACCUGAGCAUUCAUUUCCUUUCUUCUGGGGAUAUUGCCUGCAUGGCAAUCUGUUCCAGCAGCUACUCCACCAUCAUGGCCUUCUGCUUCCUGGAAGAGCUUCGGUGGGAAUUUGCUGCUUCCUACAACACAAGGAGCAUCAGUUCAGCAUCCAGACCAUAUGCUUUUAUUGAAUUUGAUAACAUCAUUCAGAAGGUGAAGCACCAUUUCAACAGCACCCGUGGCUCCCGGGCCAAGGCCAGCUGGGAGAGGGUGGAGGAGGAGCUGCAGCUGCAGCCCCCAGUGCAGCUGCAGCUGGAGAACACGGAGCUGCUGAACGGGCUGAGCAAUGGAGGGCACGCAGGAGGCCAUGUGGAGGUUGUCCCUACGUACAGAAUGCAGCCCGUGACCCCCCUGGGGAUUCUGUCCCUUGUUCUGAACAUCAUGUGUGGAGCUCUGAACCUCAUCCGAGGAGUUCACCUGGCAGAAUAUUCCUUCCAGGAGGACCAUGAAGGAAUUGGAAAUGUGAUAGCUUUUCUUCUACCUUUUCUAGCCUGUGUUUUUCAGUGUUACCUGUACCUCUUCUACAGCUCAGCCAGGAAGGUGAAGACAUUUGUGCUGCUUUUCUGUGUCUGUUCAUGCAACAUCUACUUGUAUGGAUUACGGAACCUCUGGCAAAUCUCCUUCCACAUAGGAGUGGCUUUUCUUUCCUCUUACCAGAUCCUCACAAGGCAGCUCCUGGAGAAGCAGCCUGACUGUGGAGUAUGAAAAAAACAAAACUUGGGGUUUGCUACUCUGUUUUUACAACUCUUUUUUGUAUUCACCUGGCCAAAAAUAGCUCA